CAACUUCACCUGUCCUUACCUGCCUGUCUCUGUCUUUUCUUCAUUGGACCUGUUGCCAUUUCUCUGUCUGCUCUGAGUCACCUGGGAGACUUUCGGACAGUGAUUUUUCUCUGGUUUGCCUGUCAGAUUUGCUGAGAAAAUCAUGGGAAGGUGGCUGAGUUGGCUGUGGCACCACAGGAACUUCAUCAUCAUCCCGCUCGUUCCACUCGCAAUUCUCCCCCUGCCUCUGGUCUACCCUUACCCGGAAGCACGAUGUGGUUUUGCCAUCAUCCUCAUGGCUCUGUACUGGUGUACAGAGUGUAUGCCUCUAGCUGUGACUGCCUUGUUGCCGGUUGUCCUCUUCCCGAUGAUGGGCAUCAUGGAGGCUGGAAUGGUUAGUAUUGAGUAUCUGAAAGACUCCAACAUGCUGUUCAUGGGUGGCCUGUUGGUAGCUAUUGCAGUGGAGCAGUGGAAACUUCAUAAGCGUAUCGCUCUCAGAGUUUUGCUGUUGGUUGGCGUUCGUCCGUCCCUGUUGAUGAUCGGCUUCAUGGUCGUCUCCUCCUUUCUGUCAAUGUGGAUCAGCAACACGGCCACCACAGCCAUGAUGCUGCCCAUUGCCUCGGCCGUGCUACAGCAGCUGAAAGCUACGGAAAGCCGGGCAGAGGACAGAGAUUUACAAGAGUCAGGCGAGGAAAAUCACGGGUUUGAGCUUGAGACCGUACAAACUAAGCAGGACCUGACAGAUGGGAAACAGCCAGACAUUAAAGCUCAACAAGAGCAAAGAGAGAUUGAACAGGACACACAGAAGGAGAUGAGGAGGAAAUUGUUGGAUGCCAAGUACGAACGCCUGACCAAAGGGAUGAGUCUGUGUGUGUGUUACUCUGCCAGCAUUGGAGGCACGGCCACGCUCACCGGCACGACCCCUAACCUCAUCCUCAAGGGUCAAAUGGACGAUCUCUUUCCUCACAAUGGUGGUGUGAUCAACUUCGCCAGCUGGUUCGCCUUUGCUUUUCCAAACAUGGUGAUCAUGCUGUUUUUUUCCUGGCUCUGGCUCCAGUUCAUGUUCCUCGGCUUCAACCUGAAAGAGUCAUUUGGGUGCGGCAUGAAGAACGAAAGAGAUAAGGAGGCAUACACAGUGAUGAAGGGGGAGUACAACAAGCUGGGCCGCAUGAAGUUUGCUGAGGGGGCGGUGCUCACCAUCUUUGUCCUGUUGGUGGUCCUGUGGUUCACCAGGGAGCCAGGCUUCAUUGAUGGCUGGGCAACAGUGCUUUUCAAUAAGGGAGGGCCGUACGUGACAGAUGGAACGGUUGCUAUCUUAGUAUCGAUGCUCUUCUUUGUUAUCCCCUCCCAGCUGUUCUCGUUUGGAGGGUACGGCACCGAUGAAGAAGGUAAAAUGGUGAAUAGUCCUCCGACUCUCCUGAACUGGCAGAUAGUUCACGAGCGAAUGCCGUGGCACAUCAUCCUGCUGCUGGGAGGAGGCUUUGCUCUGGCUGCUGGCAGUGAGAAUUCGGGUCUGUCUAAAUGGCUGGGGGAGAGUUUAGAGCCUCUAAAGGAAAUCCCACCUUUCGCCAUCUCAAUGCUGCUCUCCCUGUUGGUGGCAACUUUCACCGAGUGCUCCAGCAACACAGCCACCACCACCCUGUUCCUGCCCAUACUGGCCUCAAUGGCCACUGCUAUUAAGGUACACCCGCUGUACGUGAUGCUGCCCUGCACCAUCGCCGCCUCUCUGGCCUUCAUGCUGCCUGUGGCCACGCCACCCAACGCCAUCGCCUUCUCUUUUGGAAAACUCAGAGUCCUCGAUAUGGUACAAGCCGGCUUUGUGCUGAACAUCGUUGGGAUUCUGAGCAUUAAUUUAGGUGUCAACACCUGGGGAAGUGUCAUGUUUGACUUGGACACCUUCCCUACUUGGGCCAACGCCACAAAAGGGUAACUGUGAGUGACGGAGGACUGAGAGGAAUAGACAAAGUGAUAGAAAGACUGAGAGAGUAAAUGACAGAGAAUCUGCAUUUAAAGGAAUUUUGAGAGCUGAGCAGAAGCUUUGACCAUAUUGUUGUAGAAGGAGGAAGGGAGUAAAGAACAGUAGGCUACAGUAAACGUGCGAAUAAAAAACACAAACCUAAAGAUGAUACGUGACACUCAGCAGUGGUUCGACCACCACGUCUAACCAAAAGUACCACAACUAUCACGUGUACUCAUUUUGUUCAGUACAACUCAAACAGCUACACUCCCAGUACUCUGAAUCAGUGUUUUAAUUAUAAACCUGCAUUACUGUGACCGAUAUAUAAAAACUUGAAGUUCUGUCAAACAGUGAACUGCUUCCUUAGACAGACAUCCCCCUGUUAAUGUUCAGCACUUCCUUGAGUCAUUCCAGCGACAGAACAAAAGAGAAAAAAUGUGUUUAAAAAGAAAAAAAAAAACAGAGGUCAUUUCCUUGUAAACAUUUACUGAAUGUGAUGUCAUCUCAUUAAUUUAUUUAUCGUUCACAAUUAAUGCAAAUAUGCAGUACGCUGUGAAUUUGACUGCUGAUUGUUUAAAAAUUAUGUGAUUAUAUAACUGAGUAGUUUUUAUGGACAUAAUGAACUGAAAUUGAAUUAAUUGUAUCAGUUAAUUUAACUUAUUGCUUUGGUCCUUUUGUUGGACCUCAAGUCUUUGUUUUUAGUUUUUUUUUUUUUCUUAUCAGUGUUUUUGUCACACUGUUUUUACCACGAACAAGCAUUGAGUUUAUAUAUCUUAACUUGUCAUUUCAAGAAUCCAAACUUAUUAUGAUUAUUUGUAUAUUUUCCAAAAUAAAUAGUAAUCAUUUUCUCACCGGAAGAAUAGAGAUGGAAGCGGGAAUAGUUUGACAUUUUGAGAGAUAUGUUUAUUUGCUUUCUUGUUGUAAGUUAUAUGGGAAGGCUAAAUAAACUACAGCCAUAAAGACAGGAAACAAGGGGAAUCAGCUAGCUGGGUUAUUUCCAAAUCGACAAAAUCCACCUAAUAGCUCCCCUAAAGUUUUCCUUAAUCCAUACACAAACAGAAGAGUUAAAGCUUAAUGUGUAGUUAUAUAUCAGGCUUUUUCUUGGCCAGGCACAGUGACUUCCUUGAGGCUCUGCUGGUUGUAUGACAACCUCACAAUGAUGACAGGACUCAAGAAAUAGUCUGAUACAUAACCAUCCUAAAAAUCCCACAACUUCAGUUUUGUAUGCAUUUUAAAAAAUGGGACAAGAGAGGGCUGAUACAAAGUAGUAGUAAAAAAAAAAAAAGUAGUAGUAAAAUGUCAAACUAUUCCUUUAACAAAGCCACUCCUGUUAUUAAUUUGCACAAGUACAAAAAGUUCAGGUGGCAAUAAAAUGCUCCCUUAAGCGUUGAGGAAAACACGUGACAGACAAGCAAAAGUGUACAAAUGUCACUAAUAGGAAGGUGUUGCUAAUAAUGUGUACACUGUGUUCAGAUCAGGUGGCUGGUUGAAGGAUAACUUUAAGAUAAGAGGCUGCCAACAGGAUACGAUCAGAGUGGAGAUCAGUAUCUGUUGUGUUUAUUACAGCUCAAUGUAAUAAACAUGAAAUAUGGGAGAGAGACAUAAUGUCCCAGCACAGUUGCCAACACGUUGUGCUAAUGUGUUUCUUUUCUCCACAUGACAUUUUUAUAUACCAGAUACAUCUGUAGUGUGAAAAUAAAGCAUCACCAUAUGA